UUUUUUUUCGAAAUAGAAGCUACAGCAAGAACAACUGAACCAACCCUCGCUCUCUCUCUCUCUCUCUCGCGAAGAUCUCGCAACUCUCUCGCUCCGCCAUCGCCAUUCCGAUCUGUCCACUGAAUUCGUAUCGGGACAGCCAGCCGACGGGGAGAUUUCUGAGAGUUCAAUGUGAAAGGUGGCCUUCGCCCUGCUCGCUUUUCAAAUGGAGACGAUUCUGAGACGAAUAGGUAGGUGAAUUUCUCGUUCAAGUGAAAAUAAUAAAGCAGCAAUAAGAAGGGUUGGAAUUCUUUUGCUGUGUUCCUGAGUUCUUUACUCCUUUGUUUUAUUACUGCUCAAGUACUUGCUUGUGGGUUUUUAGCCUAAGGAUUUGGUCACCGAUAUCUCUUGCUGAAGAAUCUAGUGAAUGGGAAUACAAUGGCAACAGAGAGAGAUGGGGGCAAUGGUUGCCAGCGUUCCCAGAUACAGAGCUUGUCUAGGCAAGGAUCACUUUAUAAUUUGACUCUCAAUGAAGUCCAGAACCACAUAGGGGAACCUCUUCUUAGCAUGAACCUUGAUGACCUCCUCAAGACUGUGUUCCCGAGUGAGGGUAAUCAGUUAUGCGCUGCAGAGGUUGAUAUGCCAGCUGAUCGGCAUGCCUCCAGUUCUGGUCUCCGUCGUCAGGGUAGCAUGACCAUGCCAUGGGAGUUGAGCAAAAAGACAGUAGAUGAAGUGUGGAGAGACAUUCAGCAGGAGCAGAACCAGAAGAAAGUUGAGAUCCAGAGAUUAGGUCAUGAGAAGCAGCCAACACUCGGAGAAAUGACGCUAGAGGAUUUUCUAGUAAAGGCUGGUGUGGUUGUUGGUGCACUUGACAAAGAUGGGCAUGAAUUGAUUGGGGAUGUAGAUCCAGUGGGGAAUAUUGAUCCAUUGCAGGGAACACAGAAUUUUACACAAGGAACAGGUUGGUUGCAGCAAUUUCAACAGAUGGCUGCUAUGGAUACACAGAUGCACGGGCAACAAAGCAUUAUGGGCACUUACAUAUCAAACAUACCACAUCAUCAAAUUAGUCCUGGAACUAUGUUUGAGGCAGUGUUCUCUGAGGGUCAGGUAGAUAUAGCUUCACCAACACUAGGUGUGUUUUCUGAUCCUCAAACACCAGGUAGGAAACGUGGUGCUUCCGAGGACAUGGUGGACAAAUUUGCUGAAAGGCGACAGAAAAGGAUGAUCAAAAACCGUGAGUCUGCAGCACGUUCAAGAGCAAGGAAACAGGCAUACACCAAUGAGCUGGAAAACAAAGUUUCUCGCCUAGAAGAAGAGAAUGAGAGGUUAAAGAAACAGAAGGUAUGCAUCAUCUGCUAUUCUGUUAUUCGCAGCACAGUUAGCUAGAGAUGGAAGAAAUUGAAUGUUCUUCUGAAUUUUAUUGUGAUACCACCUAUACAAGAUCAUCAAACUUCAAAGAUAUUUGUUGUGAAUAACAUCAGCAUGGAUCUUGGAUCUUGUGGAUAUCUGUUGCAAGUUUGAUAGAAUUAACGGGAAAGAUAACAUCCAUUCGCCAAUCUUAAAUAUUUGAUUUUACAUUUUUCAAAUUUUCAAUUUGUUGCAGGAGUUGGACAAGUUGGUGUUCUCCGCACCUCUUCCAGAACCGCGGUAUCAGCUUCGUCGAACGAGCUCUGCACCUCUUUGACUCACUUGUACAGUAGAUGGUCAUGCAGACAUUGUAGCUCUAAAGUUUGGAGGCAACCCUAGGUAUUGUUCUAGCCCUUUUUUUUUUUUUUAUUCUGUAAAGGCUCUGUUCAAUUGUUAAUGUGCUUGGAGUGAGCCUUUUUUAUAAGUUAAUUUGUAAAUAUCGAAACUUAGGGAUCUUGCGUCUUCAGUUUUGUCCAUUGCCAUAUAUGUAACUAAAUCUCUGAACUUAGUAACGUAAAAUGUGAGGUCUUUGUA